CGCGGGUCAGUUGUUGUUCAGAAACCACGCAGGUAGGAUUCACUUUUCUCUCGUUCUGAUAUCUGAGUCUACUGUCUCGAAAUUCCAGUUCCUACAUUUCAACACUGACGAGACGAGAAUGCUUGGGAAGUCAACUGUGGUACUUGCGGCAGCUGCCCUCUGUACCUUUGCAACGGCUCUUCCAGGACACUAUGACCUGAGUGCAGGGGGACGAAUUGUACAUCAGGAAGGCGUGGGAAUAGCAGCUGGACACCUUGAAGGAGCUGGUGUUGGAGGUGGACACCUCGGAAGUGUUGGAGUAGGAACUGGUGUUGGAGGCGGACACCUUGGAGGAGCUGGUGUUGGAGGUGGACAGCUUGGAAGUGUUGGAGUAGGAGCUGGGCACUUUGGAAGUGGUGGAGUAGGAGCUGGACACUUUGGAGGUGUUGGUGUUGGAGGUGGACACCUUGGAAGUGUUGGAGUAGGAGCUGGACAUCUUGGAGGUAUUGGUGUUGGAGCUGGGCAUCUUGGAGGUGUUGGAAUAGGAGCUGGACACUUUGGAGGAGCUGGUGUUGGUGGUGGACACCUUGGAAGUGUUGGAAUAGGAGCUGGACAUCUUGGAGGAGCUGGUGUUGGAGGUGGACACCUUGGAAGCGUUGGUGUUGGAGCUGGACAUCUAGGAGUAGCUGGUGGCGGCCUUGGAGGUGGGGCUUUUGGUGUUGGAGGAGGCUUCUACAACCCGGCUCACUAUCCGGACAUCGUUCCCGGAUUCCCUUUCCAGCAAUCCUAUCCAGGCAAAGGAUUCGGUGGGUGUAAAAAUUGGUGCCGCAGCUCUUUCCAGAACAACUAUUACUGCUGCACAAGACCCACCUAUGCUGGAUAAGGCCAAGACGUUUUGCUAAUAUCCAUCCAAUGUGACAUCACUUCUCUCUCAUGCAUUUUAAUGGUAGUUGUUUCAUGGGGAUUCUAAAAGUUAAAAUAAAAGGAUUUCAUCUUAA